AUGGGACUGAGAUCCAAUGACAGUAAAGGAACGGGAGGGAAAUUUAGUAGGGGAAAAAUAGUUUUAAGGUGGUUUGUUUCUAAUAACAAGCCGCCUUAGCUCCUCGUGAGAAGAAAGGCGCCCGGAUGAAUACUUAAAUAAACAAAGAAACUGGCAGGCGCACGCAUGACUUUACAUUCGACCAGAGAACUGCCUACGACUUACUGCGCUUGCGCCGUGGCGAGUAACCGAAAUCGAGAGACGCAUGCGCCUAAGGCCUCCCCACCAAUAGGACACUGGCCAGCGAAGGCCUUUCUUACCAACGCCAGCUUAAGCUCCGGAUGAUGAGGUACGGCCGUUCUGACGUGUCUCGCGGAUCCCGAUAAACCACAGUUAUUAGAAGAGAAUACACAAUGGAUAUUCUACGACCAACACUUAUAAAAAUUGGAGGACGUAUUUACCGGAAGAACCAUGUUCGAGAGCAGGCUCACCAGCAUGAAGAGGAGGAAGAUUUCUGUGCAGUUCCAGAUGAUGGUGCAGAUGAGCCAUGUGAUGCCUUUGUGGUAGAACAGACAGAUAGAGGUUACCAAUGUACUGUGGACAUUCCCAGCCCACUUUACAAGUAUAUAAUAGGGAAAAAAGGUGAAACGAAGAAGAAACUAGAAACAGAAACCCGAACCUCUAUCACUAUUCCUAAGCCUGGUGUAGAAGGCGAAAUUGUGAUCACAGGACAACACCGAAAUGGUGUCAUUUCUGCUCGAACACGAAUUGAUGUUCUAGUUGAGAGCUUUCGCAAGAAACAGCCCUUCACACACUUUCUGUCAUUUGCACUAAAUGAACGUGCAGUCCAGGAAAAUUUUCUACAAUUCAAGGAGGAAGUGUUGGAUCAGUGUUCAAAUGACUAUGGUGUCAGCAGUAGUCUGUUUCAGAACCCAGCAAAACUCCAUCUAACUAUUGGGACACUGGUACUACUGAAUGAACAGGAAAUCAGGCGGGCUCAGGAACUCCUGCAGAGAUGUAAAGAAGACUUUGUUGACACAAUUACAGGAGCCAAACCACUGACAGUUGAAGUAGCAGGCAUAGAGUAUAUGAAUGAUGAUCCAGCCAUGAUCGAUGUUCUCUAUGCAAAAGUCCACACGAAGGAUGGCUCUAACAGACUCCAGCUAAUAGCAGAUAGGCUGGUGGAUCAGUUUGUGACUUCUGGGCUGAUGAUGAAAGAAUGGGAUAGGAUAAAACUCCAUGCCACUGUCAUGAACACCGUUUUUCGAAAAGAUCCUAGUGCUGAAGAGCAAAACAACAGAACUGCAGGCAAAGCUGUUAAGCAAAGAGAGUCAUUUGAUGGCCGAAAGAUAUUGAAGCUCUUUGAGAACUUCUACUUUGGAGAAGUACAGCUGAAUUCAGUCUACCUCUCUCAGCGAUUCUCCACUGACAGCUCUGGUUACUAUGCAACAUCUGGGCAGCUCAAUUUCUCCUGAAGUGCAAAAUCACCUGCUCCAAUUUUCCUCCUGUGUCAACUUUAGAACUUUGCAAGUAUCCGAAUCUUCAGAUCUAUUAUGAUCUGAGCCCAAUGGGGAAAAAUGCUACAUGGUCAUAUAAAUUGCUUUGCCUCUUUUAUGUUUUUAACAGUGAAUAAAUGCUGUAUGCAGAGGGAAAUAAUAUUAGCGGUACAUAAAUUCA